UUAACUUUACACUUUCUACUUCUGGUUAUGGGGUUGAACUGUUCAAGGGUUUGGGUAAACUAAACAUUCGCUUUAUAUAUUUUUCCUGUAGAAAAACAUGCCAUAAGGAAUAGUAAUUCUGGUUUAUUGACACAAGGACAACAAAUCUCGCUAAAGAAACGAUAACAGGCCAGUGAAGAUGUUGACAUAAAUUAUGUUACACUCACCAUGUUUAGUGAAGGGGCCUCUGCAUACACAUCUUUCUUCAUGUAGGCUGCUUAUUUUAAGACACUACUCCCCCUCCCUGUCAAAAACCCACUAUGAAGUGCUGGGAGUCCAGAAACAGGCCAGUGCCAAGGAAAUCAGAGCAGCUUAUAUAGAGCUAUGCAAAAAGUAUCAUCCCGAUGCCAAUCCUGGAGAUCCUCAGGCUCAGCAGAAGUUUGUCCAGCUACAAGAAGCUUACAAUGUCCUCAAUGACCCCAGAGGGAGAGCUGAGUAUGACAUGAAGAUAAAUAGACAACAUUACAGGAAAACCUACAGUACACAGUACACUCGCGGUGCAGGAUCUUCUUCAGAAGAUGAUUUUGUGAGAAAUUACUACAGACAGCAAAGCCGAACCCCACCCAAGAGUGCAGAGGACAUUUACAGGGACUGGGUAAAACAAAAACGUCGACAGGAGGAAAUGUAUGAUGAGAUGAUCAGAAGAAACCAAGAAAAGAGACGUCAAGCGUAUGAUGACUUGUAUAAAGAAUUCCAUCAGUACUCAUCCCGAGGAAACCCGAGGGGUAAUCCCUGGGGCGACUACAGGACACAGCAGAAGUACUACCAUUACCAUUCCAGUCCCAGGCUGGGCAAUGUAUUCUUCUCACUGUUUUGGCUCUACAUCACUAUAAAACUACUAGUCUUACUGAUUACAGGUCCUAACUGAAUUAAAUGGCACAAAGGAUUAUUAUAUCCCAUGGAUAUGGAAAUUAUUGGAGAGGAGCAGAUUUUAACGAACUUAGUGAAAAGAAGUGAAACUUUUAUGUGAUGUUGAGAUGAUUUUUUUUAUUGCAAUUAUUUAUAAUACGGUAGUUAUAAAAUGGAAGAUUAAAAUAUUUUAACAAC